AUGAAAAAAAUUAGGCAAGAGAAUGAGGAGUUUAGAAUGCAGAUUACACAAGUCAGAGAAGUGGUUCAGGAGCAAAAUAAAAUGUUACGGGCAGAAAUAGAGGAAAAAGGGGUUAAUAUUAGGUUGGAGAUAGGAAAAGAUGUGAAAGAAAAAGUUAGUGAGUUAAAAAGAAGUAUUGAGGAAAAUUUGCUAGGGGAGAUUCAAAUAGAGGUGACUAAACAGACUGAUAUAUUGAAUAGGGAAAUUAGACACAUAAAGUUACAGGGACAGGUACAUGAAGAGGUCAUACAUAAUUUGAAAGAAAAUGUUGACAAGGAGAUAGAAAAAUUGAACGGGACAGUAGAGGAACAAUCAAUAAGUUGUAUUAAAAGUUCUGAGAUAGGAGAAAUAAAUUUUAGGAGGGAAAUAGAGGAGGUGAAUAGGAAAAUGCAAAACACGACAGAGGAAAUUUUAAGAAUAGAGGAAAAUUUAAGACAAAAUUCAAGAGAAGGUUUAACUGUAGUACCCAACUACAUUGAUGGGGGAAUUAAGUUUGAUAGAAAUAUAAACAACAUCCAUCCUGAAGUUUUUGUAACAAUAGUGCAAAACAAACUCAAAAAUUUCAGAGUUAGUAAAAAAAAAUUGAUUAUUAGAAAUGUGUUAACUGGACUUCCUCUGUUGUGGUAUUGCAAUAAAGAGAUUAGGAAAAUAUAA